AUGGCAAAGAAAGCGAAAUCCCGUACCAUGGCCGUUCGCCUCAUCUCCAUGGCCAUGACCGGCUACUACCGCACAAUGACCCGGCCCCGUACGCACCGGCCUUUGAGCAUGCUGAAAUACGACCCUGUUGUCAAGAAGAAGGUUCUGUUCCUGGAGGCGACGAAGGGUGGACGCGCGAAAUAA